GGUGCAAGGCAGGCGAGCAGGCUAAGCAGCUGCAGAGAGACGAGGGAACGCUGACAACAGCGGACGGGCUUAUGUUGGGAAAGUCAGAAACGCAGAAUUUGUCUAUUUGGUGAUUUCAUAUUCAAUUUUUUUCACUUGUAAGCUUUUUGCUGAUCGCAUUUUCUUUAUUUUUACGCAUGCGUUGGAUUAUAUUUCGCGUUCUCUCGACCUGAAAUGACUGCUAGUCGCCGUGUCUAGCCAAUGGUUACUGCGGGGGCUCCUGUUUUGUGGAUUAUCCGUCGUCGCCGAGCCAGUCGCAUGGUCGAGCCCGGAGGAGGCCCCGCUCUGCUGGAUGGAUGUGUGUGAAGCAGCGGCGGACUCCACGUACUGAUGAAGACGGUGAUAAUGAUGAUGCUCGGGUUUCAUCGGCAGCGGGGGAACUGAUCUUGGAUGUUCGGGCUAUAUCGCCCCUACACAAACCAUUUUCUCAUAGAGCAAAAAUUAUAUUCCUUAAAAACUGGACGCCCCUGGAGCAGUUUAUGACGACCCUGGUAGGAGCGUGAUGAGCGCACGCUUCCGCUUGCCUGCUGGCAGAUCCUACAAUGUCCGGGCGACGGAGCUGGAGCGAGACAGGCAGCACACACAGGUUGUGUGCAACGUACUGCUGCUGGACAACACUGUCCAAGCAUUCAAAGUCAGCAAGUCGGAUCAUGGCCAGGUGUUGCUGGAUGCUGUCUUUAAGCACCUGGAGCUGACUGAGAGAGACUACUUUGGCCUCCACUUGGCUGAUGACUCCUCAGAUGCACCAGUCAGUGUGAUGUUUUCAAUCAAGCGCUGGCUCGAUCCCAACAAGCCCAUCAGGAAACAGUUAAAAAGAGGGUCUCCCCAUAACUUGAGCUUCAGAGUCAAAUUCUUUGUGACAGACCCCAGUAAACUUCAGGAAGAAUACACACGGUACCAAUAUUUUCUUCAGAUCAAGCAGGAUAUAUUAACUGGAAGGCUGAAUCAUCUGUAUGUCUGUUUUUGUGUGUUUUUGUGUGGGUGUGGGUGUGGGUGUGUGUGUGUGUGUGUUCCUGCGGCUUCCAGAUUGCCCUGUCCACACAACACAGCCGCACUGCUGGCAUCCUAUGCUGUACAGUCUGAGUUAGGGGACUACAGUGAAACGGAGCAUAGUCAAGGCUAUCUGUCCGACUACAGCUUCAUCCCCAACCCUCCACAAGACUUCCACAAAGAGGUCGCCAAACAUCACCAGCAGCACAGCGGUCUAUCUCCUGCCCAGUCAGAGUUUAAUUAUCUGAACACAGCACGCACGCUGGAGCUCUACGGGGUAGAGCUGCACUAUGCAAGGUUUGGCUCUACUCUCCUGCCGCCAACUUCACUAAACACACACACUCUGUGCUCCUCUCUUCAGGACCAGAGUAACACAGAGAUUCUCAUCGGGGUGAUGUCAGCUGGCAUUGUGGUUUACAAGAACAGGGUACGGAUCAACUAUUUCCCAUGGUUGAAAAUAGUGAAAAUUUCCUUCAAGUGCAAACAGUUUUUCAUCCAGCUGAGAAGAGAGGUGAGAGCUACACUGGCCAUGAACAUGACCGAGACUCGGGAGACGCUGCUGGGUUUCAACAUGGUUAACUAUCGAGCCUGUAAGAACCUGUGGAAGGCCUGCGUGGAGCACCACACCUUCUUCAGGCUGGAGCGGCCCAUCCCACCACAGAAGAACUUCUUUGCUCACUACUUCACCCUGGGCUCAAAGUUCAGAUACUGCGGGCGGACAGAGGUGCAGUCUGUGCAGUAUGGAAAGGAGAAAGGCAUCAAGGACAGAGUAUUUGCCAGGUCUCCCAGCAAACCACUGGCCAGAAAGUUGGUGGGCGGAACCGACUGGGAGUCGGUCAGCAGGAACAGCCUAUCAGAUGAGAGACUGGAAACCCAGAGCCUGCCCACUCGCUCACCGCCAGGGACACCCAAUCAGAACUCGCUGUUUGUACAAGAGGGCACACGACUACGCCCGUCGUCCGUUGGCCACCUGGUGGAUCAUGUUAUCCACGCUUCACCCAGCCUGCCUGUCUUCUCCUCCAAUCACAAGUCAGCAUCAUCCACGCAGGCCAACAGCAUCAGCCUGGACUCUACACCGUCUCCGGAGGGGGUAGAUGGCCAACCUCCAGCUCUGCCUCCCAAGCAGCUGAGCAGGAAGACCUUGAGCCAGAUCAUCCAGGCGCACUCCCAACAGAGCCUCCUGGACAACCACCUCAACGAGAUGUAUGACGUUCCGGUCAGUGCUGACAAGACCACGCUGAAUGGAGUAGUCCCUCAUGAUAAUUUGGUCCUAAUCAAGAUGAGACCCGAUGAACAUGGUCGAUUCGGCUUCAAUGUGAAGGGUGGUGCUGACCAGAAGAUGCCUAUCAUCGUGUCUAGAGUAGCUCCGGGAACUUCAGCUGACCUGUGUGUGCCUCGCCUUAACGAGGGCGACCAGGUCGUCUUAAUUAACGGGCGGGACAUCUCUGACCACACCCAUGACCAGGUGGUCAUGUUCAUCAAGGCCAGCUGUGAGAGCCACUCUGGGGAGCUCAUCCUAUUGGUCAGACCAAACGCCAUCUAUGACGUGGUGGAGGAGAAGGUGGAUUCGGAGCCAGAUUUUCAGUACAUCCCUGAGAAGUCCCCUCAGGACCCUGCCCAGCUAGACCAGCAUGCUUUGAGGGACUCUAUGGUCGCACUGAAGGAAGGCCUGAGCAGUGGAGCCAUACUGGCACAGUUUGAUCAACUGUACAGGAAGAGGCCGGGGAUGACCAUGCUGUGUGCCAAAUUACCUCAGAACGUUUCCAAAAAUCGCUACAGAGACAUCUCUCCUUAUGAUGCCACGCGGGUCAUUCUGAAAAGCACAGAUGACUACAUCAAUGCAAAUUAUAUCAAUAUGGAGAUUCCAGCCUCCAGUCUGAUAAACCGCUACAUAGCAUGCCAGGGCCCGCUGCCCAACACCUGCCCUGACUUCUGGCAAAUGACCUGGGAACAGGGCUCAUCCAUGGUUGUCAUGCUGACUACACAGGUUGAGAGGGGGCGGGUAAAGUGUCACCAGUACUGGCCCAACCCAGAUAGCACCACCACCUAUGGAAACUUUACAGUUACAUGCCACAACGAAGAGGGCAACUCUGCCUUCCUCGUCCGAGAGAUGACUCUCGUGCACACGCAGAGCGAGCAGCAGAGAGAGCUUACUCAGAUUCAGUACCUGGCUUGGCCAGACCACGGCGUUCCUGAUGACUCCACUGAUUUCCUGGACUUUGUGGCGCUGGUACGGACCAAACGGGCUGGACAGGACCAGCCAAUGGUGGUACACUGCAGUGCGGGAAUCGGUCGGACGGGUGUUCUGAUCACCAUGGAGACGGCAUUGUGUCUAAUGGAGUGCGGUCAGCCGGUGUAUCCUCUAGAUAUCGUCAGGACCAUGAGAGACCAGAGGGCCAUGAUGAUACAAACACCUAGCCAGUACCGUUUUGUGUGUGAGGCCAUCCUGAAAGUUUAUGAGGAAGGUUUGGUCAAACCACUCAAGACUGCUGUCUACCAGCAGAGAGAGAAGGUGAAUGAUGAGAGGGAGGAGGAGAAGAAAGAGCAGCAGAAAGCAGGAGAAGAGCAAGAAGAGACAGCAGCGACAGAGGAAGGUGAGGCGGCUGUGGUGGAGUUGCUGGAAGGAGGUCUGGAAGAAGAGGACGAUGAUGACGAGGAGGUGGAAGUGCUGGAUGUGGGAGAAGUGACAGAAGAGGGGGACGAGGAGGAAGAGGAGGAGGAGGAGGAGGUGGAGGAGCCGAGCGUUGCAAGCGCCACCAGCGUGACAAGCGAGACCAGCGUGAACCCUGACCCUGAUCCUGCUAACCUGUGACAUUUGACCUCUUGGUGUCAUCAGGGGCUACCAGGAAGAGGCCAGGUGGUUGGAGGAGAGAACAAAAGCACUGUUGCACUUUAUGCUGACAAAAAUGGAAAAAAAAGACUAACAAACGUGAAAAUCAUGGACAAGAUAGAAUUAAAAAAGAAAUCGAGCUGUGUUGACUAGGUACCAUUAGGGGAUAUUGUAUGUUCAGGUAAAGAAAAAAUUAUACAAAGAAUGAGAAGAUAAAAGUAUGAGAGAAUAAAAUGUGGAUGGGGAAUUGCUGUAGUGCCAUAAGUACGAAGGGGAAGGGCUGCCCCAUGGAUGGAAAGCUCCCCCCUCCCCCCGUUUUUUGUUUUUCCUUUCUUUUUUUUCUUUUUUUUAUCCAAAGGGUUGCCCUGUCCCCUUCUGAGCGAGUCUGCCAGACAGACCUGCCUUUUUUUUAGUGUCCUUUUAGCUGAUAAAGAGAUAUACCUUAUCUUUUGUUCCUCAGAAAGAGUAUUUAUUGUGUUUUAGUUUGUGUCAAACCCUGUCCACUGAACAAAAAAAAGUUGUAUGUUUUGUUUGUAUGAGUCCAGAGCUUCACGCUUUCCUGAUUAAAUCUUAGGUAGUAAAGUA